AUGUCUUUGAUUGAAGACUUUAUAGAAAAUUCUAAUGAUACUUUAAUACCUUCAUAUACUGCCAGUACUAAUAUCUUUUUGGAUCCGGCGGGUUUUGAGCCCGCCGAUCCUGUUCAUAUGUUAGAAACAGGGUUUGUUAGUGCUGGUUUGGCAGAAGAUGAUACAGAGAUUUUUUCUCUUGAUCGUGUUCAGUUUCAAUUUCCUGCUCCUUUAGUAGCAAUGUCUGUAUCCAAUGAAGUCCUUGUAAUGGCAUUGGAAACAAAUCAUAUCUUGAGAAUUGAUUUACAGCAAGCUCACGAUGUUGAAGAUAUUGAAAUCCCACGAAAACCUGGGGAAGUGAAAAUUUAUAAAAUAUUUUUUGACCCAACUGGUCGACACUUACUUAUAACGACAGAGCAGGGAGAAAAUUAUUAUUUAUUUGAAAAAUGGAAAAAGGCUAAAGCCCUCUCAAAAUUUAAGGGUAUAAUAAUUGAGUCUGUCGGUUGGAACAGAUUCAAUGGAUCUUCAUCCGAUACUUCAACAAAGAAAUUUCUUAUUGGAAGUCGCAAUGGAGUAAUAUAUGAAGCUGAGAUCGAACCGACGGAUGAAUUCUUUAAAAAAGAAGAAAAAUAUUGCAAACAGGUCUAUUCAUUAAAUGAGAGCGUUCCCAUUACUGGUCUUCGCGUCGAACAAUUUCCCGUAACAUCGCGAAAGUAUUUCAUAGUAGCUACAACACCAACUAGAUUAUAUCAAUUUGUAGGAAAUGCAACUCCAUCAAGAGAUGAUGAGGUUGCUUCGAUGUUUGAAAGCUUAUUUACUAGAUAUGAUAUAAACCCAGUAUUUCAGGAGCUUCCUGGAGACCUUCCUUAUAGUGAAUUACAAUUUUACUCACAAUUUCAAGGAGUUGCUAAAAAUUUUGCUUGGUUAACAGGACCAGGUAUUUAUCACGGAAGUCUUGUAUUUGGAUCCCAAGAUGUUGGUGAUAGUGUCAUCGAUAGUGCAAAAUUACUUCCCACCGAGGUACCAUUGUCAUUCGCUCUUACCGAGUUCCACUUUAUUUUAUUAUAUAAAGAACGUGUAAAAGCAAUUUGUCAAUUAAAUGAUCAAAUCGUUUUUGAUGAUUUUAUUCCACUUAAAGCAGGAGAGGAGGUUCGAACUAUGACUGUAGAUAAUGUAAAAAACACAUUUUGGAUAUAUACCGAUUCUUCCAUAUUCGAACUUAUUGUUUCUAAGGAAGAUCGAGAUGUAUGGAAGUUAUAUUUGGAAAAACAACAAUUUGACACGUCUUUACAAUAUUGCAAGAAUCCAGCUCAACGUGAUAAAGUUCUUACAACUCAGGCUGAACAUUAUUUUUUAUGUAAACAUUAUCUUUUGUCUGCUACAUAUUAUGCACAAUCGACUGUACCUUUUGAAGAGGUUGCGCUUAAAUUUGUUGAACGAGAUGAAAGAGAUGCUUUGAGAAACUAUUUAUUGAACAAACUUGAUAAGCUUCGUAGACAAGAUCGAACUCAAAAGACAAUUAUUGCUACUUGGUUAGUUGAAAUUUAUCUAAGCAAAAUUAAUAUGUUAGAGAAUUUAGCAGCAUCAAGUGCAGGCUCUGAUGAUAUUAAUAACUAUAAAGCAGAGCAGAACGUUUUGGAAGAGGAAUUCAAGGGAUUCCUAGAACAAUAUAAGGCUGAUUUGGAUAAAAAGACAACAUAUAAUUUAAUUGCUAGUCACGGGCGCACCAAUGAAUUAUUAUUUUACGCAUCAUUAAUAAGUGAUUAUGAGAAAGUAAUUUCACAUUGGAUUCAAGAAAGAGAUUACAAGCAAGCACUGGGUGUUCUUAGUAAACAAGCUUCCGUCGAUACGAUCUAUAAAUUUGCUCCUGUGCUAAUGGAGAAUGCACCUAGCGAAACUGUUUAUGUUUGGAUGAGACAACCAAACCUUAAUCCAAGAAAUUUGAUGCCUGCUUUAUUAAAAUAUGAUCAUUUAAAAGCUCCGGAAAACACCACACAAAAUCAGGCAAUAAGAUAUUUGCAAUAUGUGGUUCAACAACUCAAUAAUACGGAUCCGGCUAUUCAUAAUUUUCUCCUCACAUUAUACGCGACACAACCUACACAAGAUGAGUCUGCCUUACUCCAAUUUUUGGCAUCGGAAGGACGAGAACCAUACUAUAACCUGGAUUAUGCUCUUCGGCUUUGUAGCCAGAAUGGAAGGAUGCAAAGUUGUGUACACAUAUAUAGCAAUAUGGGGCUUUAUGAAGAGGCUGUUGAUUUAGCAUUGAAGCAUGAUGACUUGGAACUUGCAAGAAUCAAUGCUGAUAAGCCGGAAGAUGAUGAUUCUUUACGUAAGAAACUUUGGUUGAAAAUUGCACGUCAUGUGGUCGAAAAAAAAGAAGAUAUAAAAACAGCGAUGGAUUAUCUCCAGCAUUGCGAUCUGCUUAAAAUCGAAGAUAUUUUGCCAUUCUUCCCCGACUUUGUUCUGAUAGAUGACUUUAAGGAAGAAAUAUGCGCGGCCCUUGAGGAAUAUAAUUCAAAUAUAGAGGAAUUAAAAGCAGAAAUGGAGGAAGCGACUAAAAGCGCUGAGAGCAUUAGAUUAGACAUACGAGAGUUACGAUGCCGACAUGCGGUUGUAACAACUGGAGAAAAGUGCUCCUUAUGUGAUUUUCCGCUGUUAACGAGACCAUUUUAUGUUUUUCCUUGCCAGCAUGCUUUUCAUGCUGAUUGUUUGAUAACCAAAGUUACUAAACAUCUGAAUGCGGGACAAUUUCGUCGUUUUAAAGAAUUGCAGCAACAAAUAACAAAAGAAAUGAACAAUGUUAAUCGUACUCCUGAUAAUAAUGAAGCACGUGGACGACAGCAACAAACAACUGGAGUCGAUCAACUAAAGGAUGAGCUAGACGAUUUAGUGGCAUCAGAAUGUAUUCUUUGUGGAGAUAUAAUGAUUAAAACUAUUGAACAACCAUUCAUCAACGAAGAAGAGAGUGAUCUGUUGGAAUCAUGGGCCAUCUAA